AUGUCUGAAAACAGGGAAGAAAUUCUAGCAAAUUUUCAGGGAAUAACAAACACAGAAGAUGUUGCUGAAGCAAUAUUCCACUUAGAGGAAUCAAAUUGGGACUUACUUACAGCUAUCAAUCGAGUAAUGCCUCAAGAUGGAAACAGUUCACAUAACUCAAUGUCCCAAAACAGCGACACUCAUGAUGUUGAGAUGAUAGAUGAAGAUAUAUCUGUGAUAACACCAAAAACCCACCCACCAGAUCGGGAAGAAAAUAAUCAAGCAUCAACCUCAUCACCUAGAAAUAGUUCCUCCAAUCUGGUAGAGCUUCAAGUUCAUUGCAAUAAUAAGAUGCAUGAAAUCAAAAUGUCCGGCUCAGCUACAGUUAGUGAUUUAAAGAAACGGUUGGAAAUGGUGUGCGGAGUGCCAAUGUGCCGUCAACAGAUAUCUGGUCUCGGUGGUUCGCGGGCUACGUCAUCCGCAUCGCUAUCUAGUCUCGGUCUCCAGAAAAACGCCGUACUACGCCUCAAACCCGCCGACCAACUCAUGGCUGAUGACGAGGUUGCAGAGAGAUUAACAACGACGUACACCCUCCGAGUGAAACACGACGAAAAGGAAUACACGUUGAAGUAUCCUGGCACGAAGACCGUUCAAGAAGUGAAGAAUGAUAUAUACUCCCUCACCGAUAUACCUGUGCGACAUCAGGUUUGGACAGGCUGGCCCAUAGUAACAGGUUUAGACGACACCGUAUUAGCAAUGGUUGGGCUAGACCUGCCACAGCACGAACUCACAGUAAAACGGGCGCCGGCAAACAAACAAAAAGAAUAUAAAAGGAUAAUAGUAGAGAGUUCGGAUAGUGAAAACAGUUCGGUAGAGGAAAUAGAGGAUGGCGGGGACGGAUUCACAGCUGAAGACGACAUGUUCGUGGAUCUGGUUCAGUCGGAAAGAUUACAACCGUUGAUGUCGGAGCACAUAGACGACGAAGCGUUAGGCUGCAUAGAGUUCGCGCAACGUUUCCGCGCACGAUAUGGACCUAACACACCCAACUUCUUCGAAGGGUCCCUCCAAGAUGCAAUUAAGGAAUCUUGUUUAAAACCUGCCAAAGAGAGAAAAUUACUAGGUGUGUAUCUCCAUCACGAACACUCGGUGUUGUCUAACGUGUUCUGCGCGCAGCUACUCGGCUGCGAUACGGUGCUGCAGACCCUUGCAGCAAAUUUCGUAGUCUACGGCUGGGAUCUCACGCAUCCAGACAAUAAUAACAUGUUACUAAACUCAAUCGCAAACGCACUAGGUCCUGUAGCAAGUAUGACGAUACGCAGCAUCCCAGUGGACCGACUGCCAGCUUUAGUCAUUAUUAUGCGCGUUCGGUCCAAUACUGAAAUUUACUCAGUGAUCAAUGGGAAUGUAGGUGUUUCGGAACUAGUCGGUGGUUUAGUUGAGGCGAUAGAGCGAUUCGCGGCUCAGAGGGAAGAGGACGCGCGACUAGAGAGAGAAAGAGACGCGCGACAACGAGUCAAACGAGAGCAAGAUGAAGCGUAUCAACAGAGUCUUGAAGCUGACAGAGCCAAAGAAGAAAUAAAGAAACAACAAGAAUUAGAACGAAAUCAAGAGCUGGAGCGAGCGGAAACGGAAAGGCUAAUGGAGGAGGCAAGAAAAGAGGCGCUGAGAGCGGGGGCGGCGGCGCGCGUGCCGGCCGAGCCCGGCGCGGAGGAGCGCGGCGAGGUGGCGCGCAUCCGCGUGCGCCUGCCGCCGCCGCACCACGACGCGCUCGAGCGACGCUUCUACGCGACCGACACGCUCGCGGCACUAUUAGAUUUCCUCGCAUCCAAAGGGUAUCCACAAGAAAAUUACAAGGUCAUCUCUAGCUGGCCUAGGAGAGACUUAACAACAGAAUCUCACAGCAGCACACUGAAGGCUCUUAAACUGUACCCACAAGAGACCAUCAUGCUGGAGGAGCGGUGA